GAUGGUGCCGAACUGAACGGCUUGCGCGGGAGCUUUCGGCGAGGAUACACCAUCGUCGUGGAGUGUUCGAAGCAACAGGCACUGUACAUGGACGCUUUGCGAAUUCUGGAUGCGCCCGGGACCGGAAACUGGAGCCGCGAGUCUGAUAAAGCCGCGGUUGGGAAUACUCUUGUGCAGAUGGUGUGGAACAAAUUGUUGUUCCUGCUGGAGCGCCGCGAUUUUCCUGGCUACAGGUUCUUGCUGAACCGGCAGGGGGCGUGCUGUUUCAAUGGCCUUCCCGUGGAGCCUGUUGAUAGCUUGAUUCCCGGCUUCGUGACAGUGCUCGAUCCUUUUGAGGACGCUGCAGCUUUUGCUGUGGAAUGGUUCUUGCAUCACAAUGGUUUCCGAACAGUUCUUGAGCGAGACCCAGCAGGUUGGUCGCCCCUGUGCUACGCCGUCAUCAGAGGCGAUGUGGCCCUUGUCCAAGGGCUUUUGCAGAGGAGGGCAGAUCCCAAUGAUCAAGUGACCAAGGGCAAGGGCUCUCUCUUCCCUGGGCGUAUGCCGGUGCUCGCGCUGGCAGCUCAUUUUCACCACAACCAGGUCAUGGAGACAUUGAUUGCUGCACGAGCCAGUACUCAUCAUGCUGACGUGGCUCGGGCUACCCCCGUGCACUGGGCCAGUCUUGCCAACAAUGCCAACGGCCUGCGCAUGCUCUGCGAGGCGCACGCCGACCUUAUGAAGCAAAACGUUCUGGGAAUGAGCGUGUUCGAUAUGGCUUGUUGCAAUGGAGCUGUCGAAUCCAUGGCAGAGAUUCUAGCCCAGAAUCCUGAGACGAGCAUGAGAUUCGGCCUUCACUUUGCGGUGAUGUUCCUUGGUGGCCACGAGAAGCCAAUCCAGUGGCUUAUCCAUGCGAAAGCCGACCUGGAGGAGAAGUUCGAAGUUCAGAG